AUGGCCGCUGCCGUGGAAGAAGGAUGGACACUGCAAUUGCCCGGAAACUCGCAUAACUCUGUGGGAUUUCCGAAGUCGAUCCGCGAGGUGGUUCUGAUGGGAGCGUUGCACUGCGACCAGGUGAAGGAUGCCCUGAAGGCAGGCGCCAUCUCUUUGGCGGAGGUUGCCUCGCUGAUGUCCAAGUUCCACCUCUUGGGCCAAAGUGAAGGCAGCACCACCCUUGUGGAGCUGCUCUCAGACGAGGACGUGCGCCGCUUUUUCGUCGCGGCGGGCGGUGCUCCGCAGCUGACGUUGGGCCUGGGGCGCUCCAGCGAGCGGGCGGCCUCGGUGGAGGAUUUCGUUGUGGCACGGGAGCGGCAAAAGGCGGAGGAGACGGUGAAGCUCAAUGUGAGUGGCCAACUCUAUGAGGUGCACCGAAUGACCGCGGAGCGGAUCCCCCUCGUGGCGGCGAUGCUGCGCUUUACGCGGGAGAAGGAAGAGGAGAAGCCGAUCUUUGUGGAUGCGAGUCCCAAGGCAUUCGACGUGCUUCUGGAGAUAGCUCGGGGGCGCAAGAGGAGCUACUUGGACACCUUAGAGCCAUCCUUGAAGGUCUUGGUGGAAGCCUAUGCUGAAUAUGCUGGGAUGACUGUGACCUCGGUGAUGGGCUUCGACUUCAAGUUGAGUGCCACGCAUCCCAACAACGCCUCGGCCAGGAAUGCCUUCGCGUAUUUGUCCGAGCAGGAGACGAUGUACACGACCGGAGUCCGCCAGCAGUGGAACACCGUCUUCGGCUCCUCGCUGCUGCCGAGCAGCGGGCAGAGCUACUGGGAGGUCGAGGUCACCACACUGGGCCAGAUCAGUGCCGACUUCGUGGUGGGUGUGACGACGUCGGCCUUUGCCACGCCCCACGCCAUCCUGGACUCGGGGAACCAAGGUGCUGGGCUGGGCUUCAUCAAUCAGGUGGUCACAAUGAGGUCCAAUGGCCAGAGUGGCUCUGCGUUGACCGAGUCCUUUCCCAUCUUCCAGGGCACUCGCAUCGGAGUUUUCGUGGAUGCGGAUCGAGGCAGCUUGAUGUUCUUCCACAACGGAACCUUCAAGUGUUCGCACAGCGCCUCCUUCAAAGGGCAAUCCUUGCUGCCCGCUUUCUCGGUCCUGGCGGACACAGCGUUGACCAUCAAGACCGGCUUAGUGGACAAGAAGGUCUCCCAACUCUUGGGCCUUCGACAUGGCCAACAACCGCACCAGGAAGGCUAUCUGAGUGGCCGAGAGGCAAGGACGACGCCUCAGGAAAGGGCAUCGCAGGCGCUGGUGGGAGGUGGCCGGAACCGGGACUUGCCCGAUUUCUCCGAAGAGGAUGAAGAAUUCUGGGGUGGCACCUGGGUCAACAAAGAAGGUUGGUCAAAGAGUGAUAUAAUUUUGGACUUCCAACGCCAGCUUUGCAGUGUAGGCAACUGGUUCACCAGCGCCUCGCUGGUGAGCCGGCACCUGGCGGACGAUGUGCAGGAAGAGCUGCGGGGCACGGCGCUCUAUGGAUGCAACCGCUAUGCGUGUGGGAGGUCCAUGGAGUCGCAUAAGGUGCUGGUCGUCUAUCAGCCCUACCCAGUGGUGGGCUGUGGCUUUCUGUCGGAUGCCGGCACCAACACUCUGGGGGAGUUCACUGGAUGCGCGCAGGAGUGGCCAGGAGAGUGGCCAGGACCCAAGGGCGCGCGGUGUUCUACCCCGGACGACUGUGGGGUGCGGACGGCUGGCGGGGAGUUUGGGGAGGAGGCCAAGCGUGGUGUCUGGCGCGUCGACCAGUGGCUGUGUGGCAAGGGGAAGUUCCUGUCACCCUUGGCCUUGAGCUUCAGCGGGCGCUUUGACCCCUACUCCGCCGGUGCCCAGCGCUUCGUGGAGGAGAUUGGGCAAGCGGGUGAGAGGAUCCACACCAUGGGCUACAACGAGGUCAUGGUCCAGGAUGGGGCAGUGCCGGCCAAGCGCUUCAGCUUGACGCAGCUGCGGCUCUGGCAGUGCCGCACCAACGGUGUCCGCGCCUUUGCGCGGGUGCAGCCGGUGCCGGAAGUCGUGGAUGAGAAGACCAGGCAUGUGGAGAACUGCCGCUACGAAGUCUUCAAGAAGAUGCGGGACGCCUAUGACAUGGCCUGUGGCCGAAGCGUGCCGACGCCGAUCUUGUUCUUCGACCUCACGGCCGGGGAGAAGCCCUUCUCCGCCCCGGACGAGCUGCCGAAAUGGGCCUUGAGCUUGAAGGAGGAGAUCAACGAGCUCUUUCCCUGCCGAGAUCCCUGCGAUCUGCCAGAAAAGAAGUGACGUGCGUGCGAGC